AACUUAUGUGAAACUAUCGUCAUGUGUAUCACUUUUCAGUGGUUUUCAUCAUCAAAACUGCACCUUCGGUAAAUUGUCAAAUUUGUUGUGGCAGCUCAUUCGGACUGUUUUUGCACUGCUGUGUGUCAGACCGCUAACCAACUUAACUGUCUUAACUGUCUAACUUAGCUGUCUUUCUUUAUUCUUAACUCAUAUCGUGAAAUGCCUUUAAAACGCACGGUUUCACUGUGGAAAUAAUCAUAACUGUGUUUUUAAGUGUGUCUUGUUACCGCUCAAAGUUGUAGUAGCGCUGUUAUUACUCAUUUCCAACGUGCGCUCGGCCUUGUUGUAGCCGCUGGUGCUAGCCAGCAGUUUUUCGUGAAUGCAAAAAAAAAGAAGAAAAGAAAAAAAAAAAGAAAGAAGUUGAUUUCGUGUUUUAGCCAAUUAGAUUCUUGUCUUUGAUGUUACUGACAGGUUCCAACCGCUUUGCGAGCAUUAGAUAGAGAUGACUGACGUGCUUGUAGCCAAUAGCCGAGAAGAGUGGGCGGAUUUGUUACGGGAAAAGGCGGGGCUAGUUUGCUUAGACAGACGUUAAUGGACGCUAAGAAGACAAACUUUUUUAUGCUAACCAUCGUUGUCUGAAGAAGGAACCGCCGUUAGCCAAACAUCGGUUUUUUUUUUGUUUGUUUUUUGACGUUGGUCUUCUUAAUCUCAGCAAAAACUACUUGUUUGUAUUAUUUUGAGUUGUAAUAUUCUGUAAUAGUGAUCUGGGUUUGCUUGAAGAGUCUUAACAGCCCUUUAAAGUAAAAAUGAUAUCCAUCGAAUUGCAAUGUGACCUGUUGUGAACGCCUCAGGAUUCACAUCUCCACACGUCAAGCACCUUCAUCACAAAUUUACAUUGCAAGCUCUUUGCAAGAAUGGGGGACGACCGACCUUUUGUGUGCAGUGCUCCUGGCUGUGGACAGAAGUUUACUAAUGAGGACCACUUGGCUGUGCACAAACACAAGCAUGAGAUGACACUGAAAUUUGGACCAGCCAGGACAGAUUCAGUUAUUAUGGCAGACCAGACACCUACCCCGACCCGCUUCCUAAAGAAUUGUGAGGAGGUUGGUCUAUUCAACGAGCUGGCCAGUUCCUUUGAACAAGAUGAUGAUGAAAAGAGGGCCAAGAACUCUCUCCCAGCUCCCAACUCUGUGGCUUUGGACAUGAGCCUGCAGACACCGUCAGAGGUGAAGGUGAAAGAGGAGGCACCUGUAGAAGUGGAUUCCUCAUCACCAGGCAGCCCAGAAUCAAUCUCGACAAAUUCAGAGAGCAACAGAGAGUCGCUGGUUAGAGCAAAGGACACCCCACCCAGGAGUUCGGCCCCAACCCCAACUAUUGUGCGUCCUGGGUCCCUCCCUCUCCACUUAGGCUUUGAUGCUCUUCAGCCCACCAUGCCGUCACCCACUUCUGUCAUCACACAGGCUCCACCUUCAAAUCGUACUCUGGGGUCACCAACAAGCCAUUACCCCAUGAUGAUGUUUCCCACUGGCCCGGCAGUGCCUGUGCUUCCUGGCCCUGUACAGAUGCCCUCUGUCAUUAAUCUAGCUCGGCCUAUGUGCAUGGUACCCAACAUUCCUGGGAUUCCUGGGCCUCCUCUUGGAGGCAGCAGCAGUGGCUCUAAUUCUCCAUCUGGCUACAGCAUCUAUUCAGAGGCCAAGUUGCGUCUGAAGGCUGCAUUGUCUCAGCAGAGCCCAUCAGGAGGUAUGGGUAUAGGAAACAGCCCUAUGGUGCCUCAGAAAGCCGAGCAGAGCCAACUGCUUGUCCAGCAUCCAGAUGCGCCAUCACCUGCACAACCUCAGGUGUCUCCAGCGCAGCCUACAGGUGGGCGUCGGCGGCGGACAGCAGAUGAUGACCCAGACGAGCGAAGACAACGGUUCCUUGAAAGGAACCGCGCUGCAGCCUCACGCUGCAGGCAAAAACGCAAACUGUGGGUCAGUUCCUUAGAGAAGAAAGCAGAGGAGCUCUGCACCCUGAACGUCUCACUGUCGAAUGAAGUGUCUUUGUUGCGAAAUGAGGUGGCUCAUUUGAAGCAGCUACUGCUGGCACACAAAGACUGUCCUGUGACCACCCUACAGAAGAAGAAUGCUUACUUAGCUGCAGAAGAGAACAUGAAAGACAUCUCAGAGCCCACAGGUUCUCCUGCCCCGGUGAUCCAGCACAGCUCUCUAGCACCCAGCCCCACAACAGGGCAGAAUGGCUUGAGCUCACGGGCAGCUGCAGAGGCCAUGGCGAUGUCAGUGUUGGCUGGAAUGGGCCAGCAGCAGAGGGCAGAGAGUGGACCCUCUCACAUUAUCAUGGCUGCACAGUCUCAGUCUGCUGCUAGAUGAUGAGCGAUGUCACCACAGCCCAGACUUGGCUCACAUGUUAUCCAGGAGUAAAACAAAGAGCAGCGGACGUCCCCUUCCCACAGUGCAACUGCAAAAUCCCAUCUCCUCCUCUUCCCAGUACUCCUCUGCUCUCUCUGGCCCUCCUGUGGAGUCAUCAUGCUGUGGCCUGGAGCUCAGCAGCAAGCAGCCUUCUGGGAAUGGACUAAGAUUUUCUUUUGAGAGAGCUUCCUGUUCACUUUGCCAUAGACUACAGGGGCUGGACUCCAACUUCUCUCCCCUCGUUACUGUGCCUCCCAACUUGUCCCUUCUCACCCUCAAUCAAAAGCCCCUUCAGCGGGCUGUAAUGCUGCAUAGCUCAGAGUGUGCUGCUGUGGUGAACUUCCCUUUUGGACGAGUACUACACACGUGCACAGUUUCAAACACACAGGUGUCACUUAAACUUUCUUGAUCAAACCAGAACACCAGAGGGAGCUUCUCAUUUUUUUUUCUACAGGGA